AUGUCUGAAGCGCUCAAGUGGAAGGACGAAGGAAAUAAACUUCUUAAGGAACAGAAAUAUGACGACGCUAUAAACGCCUACACCAAAGCUAUCGAACUUGAUGAUUCCAAUCCUAUCUUCUUCUCCAACAGAGCACAAGUGCAUAUCAAACUAGAGAACUAUGGUCUUGCAAUCGCUGACUGUGACGCUGCCGCAAAAGCUGAUCCCCUGUUUAUGAAGGCCUACUAUAGAAAGGGUGUUUCUCUUAUGGCACUUUUGAACUAUAAGGAAGCACAGAACAAUUUCAAAAUCGUGUUGCAAAAGCUUCCGAAUGACAAGUUGACCUUAGAAAACCACAAGCAAUGUGUGAACUACUUGAAGAAGGAGGCUUUUGAGAAGGCCAUUGCCGGUGACGAAAAACUGCUGGUCCUUUUCGGCCUCGAUUUCGAUGGUAUGUUGGUCGAGAAGCUGUGGGAAGGACCCCAGUUAGACAUUAAGGCUGUCAAGCUGAAAGAUAAGAAGGAGGUUUCUAUUAAUAUCGAUGGUUUGGACCACAGCUACUUGAAAUACAUGAUUGACCUUUUCAAGAAGGGCGGCAAGUUGCCUAAGAAGCAUGUUUUCGCUAUCGUCGCCAAGGUCAACGAGCUUCUUAGAAACGAGAGCUCCAUGGUUGAAAUCAGUUUGCCACAUUCACAGAUCGAUAAGCUGAUCUUACCCGAGGAUGAGAUCAUUUUGGAGAACGGUAAAAAGCUUACUGUCGUUGGUGACACCCAUGGUCAAUUCUACGAUGUGUUGAACCUUUUCGACAAAUUCGGCUUUGUUUCAGAUGAACACGUCUACUUAUUUAACGGUGACUUUGUCGACAGAGGCUCUUGGUCUUGUGAAGUUGCUUUGUACUUAUACGUGCUUAAAAUCUUAUACCCUCACUCGUUCUUUAUGAACCGUGGUAACCAUGAGACAAACGACAUGAACAAGACAUAUGGAUUCACCGAUGAAUGUGAAGCCAAGUACUCAAAGAAGGUUUUCGAGGCAUUCGCCGAAUCGUUUGGUGCUUUGCCUUUGGCCACUUUGAUUAACAGGUCCUACUUGGUUAUGCACGGUGGUCUUUUCUCCAACGACCAAGUCACUCUCGAAGAUAUCAAGAACAUUAAUCGUUUCCCAAGCUCCGGAUCUUCUCAACCACCACGUGAAGGAUUGGCUAUGGAGCUCUUAUGGACCGACCCACAACAGGAGAAUGGUAGGUCUCCUUCGAAGCGUGGAUUGGGUAUUCAGUUUGGCCCAGAUAUUACAGAAAAGUUCUGCGUUAACAACAAGAUCCGUAAGAUCUUGCGUUCUCACGAGGUGAGAAUGGGCGGGUUUGAAAUUGAACACAAUGGAAGACUCAUCACGGUUUUCAGUGCACCAAACUACUGUGACGCCACGGGAAACAAGGGUGCUGUUGUACACUUUGCAGAGAACAAGAGUUACGAUAAAUCAAAGGACUCUGGCGAAGGAUACAAGGAGACUAAUGAGACUAACUGUCCAUGGACACUAGAGAAGGAGACUUUUGAGGCAGUUCCUCAUCCAGAUAUGAAGCCAAUGGCUUACUCUAAGGCCGGUUUUGGUUUCUAA